CCUCUUCCAGGCGCACCAGGAACCAUAGGAAAUGGUUUCUGUAGAGGCGACCUCUCGUGAAUUAUCCCAGAUAGUCGGGGGACCCGGGUUGAGGAUGGCAUCCCGUGUGCAGAACCGAGAGUGGCUCUUUCUCCGUUUAAAUACAAAGGAGAUGACAGUUUUUAGAACUGGGACUAGAGAAGAAACCGCGCGGAUGUGCCACUGAGGCGUCCCUCGUGGGCGCCUGGGCGCCCUCUGGUGUCCAUCGUGGCUUAUCCUCCGUCUUUAUUCCCGUGGCGUGACGGACCUGAUGCCUGCGGGCCCGAGAAUAAACCACGGACACCUACAGGUGAAAAAGAGUGUGAAGUGGACAUGCAAAGCUUGUGGAAAGCAGCAGUCCUUUCUGCAGGCUUACGGUGAGGGCUCUGGUGCUGACUGUAGACGUCACGUUCAAAAGUUAAAUCUACUGCAGGGACAGGUUUCAGAACUGUCACUCAGGUCUCUGGAAGGACCUGUAGGUGCCAGUGAGGAAGAAACUGUGGGCCAUCGGCAGGCUGAGAACCUGAGUCUGCAGGAAAAACCACAGCCCUCGGAGAGCCGCUGGCUGAAGUAUCUGGAAAAGGACUCCCAAGAGCCAGAGCUGGAAGGAGCGUGUUUCCACAGACAGCCCUUAUCCAAAACAGAGCCAGACUGCCCCUUCAGUCAAGACCUGCCGAGAAAAAGGAAAUGGAGCCAGAGCACAGUCCAGCCUCCACGCAGCCUUGAUGUCCAGGGCUUGGGCGACUCUCAGGUCACCUUGGAACCCCAGGGCUAUGCUGGCCUGAUCGGGGAGGUGGAACAAGACAGCCACUGCCGCCAGCACUCCGUGGGCUGCAGCGCCAGUGAGCCCGGUGCUCGUCCGUGGGAACUACGGAGUCCUGCCCAGCACGUCAAAACCACACCACCUGAGUGGGCACGAUUUCUCCUGUCGCCUGGGGACAGCUCACAUGUGGAUACAGAGCCGCAGAGACCACGACAGAGGGGCCCCAGCCCAGCUGGUCCGGCACAGGUUGAGCAAGGGACCCGCAGGGCCCAGACCCCAAGGGAAGGCCACCUCAGGAGCCUCACCACUACUGUCCAGCCUCCUGGGGCCACACACGCCCCCACAUCUGGAUCUGAGAGGCCCUGUAGGAAGGCCCCUGGGCAGCUGUGGGGCAUGGGGACUCCUCGGGCAGAGAGUGGGUCCCUGGUCCAAGAGGCACAGAAGCCCCCACCACUGCGACUAUGUGACCUCUUUGCAACUGGGGAGGACUUUGAUGAUCUGUGAACUGAAACUAGCAUGUUACCAAUUGAGACGCACGUACUACUCGAGCCCCUUUCCACUGGACUUCUCUGCCAGGGACACGGUCUCCCAGGUGCUAACAGGCAUAAUGCACAAGAAGGACCGACAGUAAACAUCACUGUCUAACAAAUCAUUUCUCUUGUUGCAACUGACAGUAAGGACAACAUUGUUGAUUAAAGUGCUGAUACCAUUUAA